CUACGGUUUACGAAAUUACAAAAUCACCCCCAAGGCACCGCUUCUCUCUCAACCUCCCCCAUUUUUAUGAUUCUUCUUCUUCGCCUCCUCCUGCCUUUCUCCCUUUUCUCCAUCUCCUCUCAGCGAUCGGAAUUUGUAGUCCGACGACGACGCGGAGAGUCGGCCGGUGAACUCCGUGCAAUAUAUAUAAAGAGCGAAGGGAACCCAGCUCGUAAUCGCGUGGAACAGGGAAUCAAGCUCUGUUUUUUUUAAUGAUUUAAUAUAGUCUUCCACAAUCUUUUGCUCCGUUUACUUCCAUCGGGUUCUCGCAGACGAUAAGAUGGGAAGCAAACAAAUUGAUACUGCUACAAAUGCUACUGAUUUGAACUCCAUUGUCGACAACAAUGUCGUAAAUGAUUGUGUUCCUACUAGUGAUAGCGAGAACAGUCAAGUUCACAAAUCCGAUGAGGCUGUCAGGACCUUGCACAAGGUGGCAUACGUUUAUAGGCAAGAUGUGGUAAAGCACAGGAAAACUGGUAUUAUAGGGAUAGUAGAUGAGGUGGCGGGUGACUCUGAUUCAGAUAGUAGCAUCACUGAUGACGAUGACGACGAUGAUGAUGAAGAUGAUGGUCUUGACGAGGAGGAGGAUGGUCAAGGUGAUACUGCUGAAGGCUGUACCAACAAUGACAAUGAGAAUAGUGACCAGAAGAAAACCGGAGGAAACCGUAAAAAAGAAGCGCUGCAGGCUGAUCAGGUUCGAGUACUUUGGAUGCACGAAAUGGAACAAGUGCAGAGCGUUAAUGAUGUAAAAGUCAUCGAUCGGGGUUUCUUGCACGGUGAUUAUUGUGCUUCUACUUCAGAUCCAACUGGGCAAGUAGGAGUUGUGGUGGAUAUCAACGUCUCUGUUGAUUUGUUAGCUCCUGAUGGCGUCGUAGUGAACAAUGUAUCAUCCAAAGACUUGAAGCGGGUAAGGGAGUUUGCCGUAGGUGAUUAUGUAAUACUUGGCCCUUGGCUCGGUCGAGUUGAUGAUGUCAUGGACAAUGUGACUGUUUUAGUGGAUGAUGGUUCGGUCUGCAAAGUAUUGGGUGCUGAACCACUCCGUCUCGAACCUAUUUCCAAGAAGUUCUUCGAUGAAGGUGAUCAUUUCCCUUACUACCCUGGGCAGCGUGUCAGGGCCAGCUCAUCCUCGGUAUUCAAGCAUUCCCGGUGGUUAUACGGUUUGUUUAAGCCUAAUAGAUUAGAAGGAACUGUUACCAAAGUCACAGCAGGAUCUGUAUUCGUCUAUUGGAUAGCUUCUGCUGGCUACGGUCCAGAUUCUUCAACAGCACCUGCCGAAGAGCAGAACCCUAAAAAUCUAAAACUGCUGUCUUGCUUUGCUCAUGCCAAUUGGCAAGUAGGAGAUUGGUGUCUUGUUCCCCCAGCUGUUUUAAAAUCAUCCUCCAUCACUACAGACAGCGAAUUAUCCAAUUUAGGACUCUGUGAUUCGGCGAAAGAUAAAUUGAUUUCUAGUCAACUAGGAAAAGAUUGUGAGCCUGAAGAAGUUCGAUUAGAGGAAUUGGGUGACAGUAAGGAAGCCAUGAGCAUCGAUCCUGAGGUGCCUCCUAGUGGAGAUACCACAGCUAAAACUGGAAGUAACAAAGAGUGUCAGGAAUCAAGCUCCUGCAGUAGUUCUGCAUCUGUUUCAAAGGAGCCAGUGCAUGAAACCUGGCCACUUCACCGCAAGAAGAUACGUAAAGUUGUAGUUAGGAGGGAAAAGAAGCAUCGAGCAAAGGAAGAAAAGUUUGAAAGUGCAUUUCUUAUUUUCAAUACAAGGACAAGUGUUGAUGUUGCUUGGCAGGAUGGAAGUUUGGAACGUGGAAUAGAUUCCACCAAAUUAAUUCCGAUCGAUAGUCCUGGCGAUCACGAAUUCCUCUCCGAACAGUAUGUGGUGGAGAAGGCACCUGAUGAUACUGAAGAUAACAAUUCUUCUGAAGUAAGACGAGUUGGGGUGGUGAAGAGUGUUAAUGCAAAGGAAAGAACGGCACUUGUAAGAUGGUUAAAACCAGUCACUAGGGCUGAGGAUCCUCGUGAGUUCGACACGGAGGAAAUCGUGAGUGUGUAUGAGCUUGAGGGGCAUGCUGAUUAUGAUUAUUCUUAUGGAGAUGUUGUUGUGAGAUUGUCUCCAGUUUCGGUUUCUUCACAAACUAUCGUUGAUCAGCAGCCCGUCUCUCACGAGCCAGAGCAACAAAAUUUGAUGGAUGAUGAUGCUUUGAGUACUGAGGAAGGUGCAGAGAAAUCAGAGUUUGUGAUACCUGGGGAGGAAGCUAGUAACAUGGACUGCUACUCAGAUCUCUCGUGGGUUGGGAACAUAACUGGUCUCCACAAUGGCGAUAUUGAGGUGACAUGGGCUGAUGGAAUGGUCUCUACGGUUGGACCUCAAGCUGUUUUUGUGGUUGGCCGUGACGAUGAUGAGUCUGUUGCUGUUGGUAGCGAAGUGAGUGAUGAUGGUGCUAGUUGGGAAACAGUUAAUGAUGAUGAAGAUGGCGAUGAAGAUGAGAUGGAUGCCCUUGAGAAUUUUGAAGAGGAAGAACGGUUGCAAAAUGCAACCAACAUGAACUCUGACGCUGAGGACAAAGUGGAGAAUAGCAGUACUGGAAGAAGUCCAGCAGUUUCACUGUCCUUGGCGGCAUUUGGCUUUGUUACAAGAUUGGCUACUGGAAUAUUUUCACGUGGGCGGAAAAGUUCAGAUGCAGAGCUACUAGAGAACAGAAAUGAAUCUGAAUCUCAGGGAUUGAUCUCUAUUGUUGAAGAAAGAAAUUCCAGUGAUGCUUCUGGCUCCCAGAAGUCUAAUGUCAGUGGUUCUGAAAGUCCACAUAGGGAGGACAAAGUAAAUGGGCUUAUGGAAGUUACUGCAUCACCACAACCUUUAGACGAAUCGAACGUUGAGAACACAAAUACAGCAUUGAAACAUGUUGAGGAGGAUGCAAGCAAGUUCAAACGGUUUGACACGGCAAAAGAUCCUUCUGACCAUUAUUACGUGGGAUCAGUUGGACAGCAGUCUAACAAUAGCCGGAAGUGGUUGAAGAAGGUACAGCAGGAUUGGAACAUUCUUCAGAACAACCUGCCAGAUACUAUCUUUGUACGGGUAUACGAAGAUCGAAUGGAUCUUUUGAGGGCAGUAAUAGUUGGUGCAUAUGGAACCCCUUACCAAGAUGGGUUGUUCUUUUUCGAUUUCCACCUUCCGCCAGAGUACCCUGAUGUUCCACCGUCAGCAUACUAUCAUUCUGGUGGUUUGAGAAUAAACCCGAAUCUUUAUGAAGAAGGCAAGGUCUGCCUUAGUCUUUUGAAUACUUGGACCGGCAGAGGGAAUGAAGUUUGGGAUCCGAAUUCUUCUAGUAUCCUGCAAGUCCUCGUUUCACUUCAAGGACUGGUGCUGAAUUCUCGGCCUUAUUUCAAUGAAGCUGGAUAUGACAAGCAAGUUGGGACUGCUGAAGGAGAAAAGAAUUCACUUUCGUACAACGAGAACACGUUCUUACUGAGCUGCAAGUCCAUGAUGUAUCUCAUGCGAAGGCCUCCCAAGGAUUUUGAGGAGCUUGUGAAAGAGCAUUUCAGGAAUCGCGGUCGAUACAUUCUCAAGGCGUGUGAUGCAUACAUGAAAGGGAGUCUGAUUGGGUCUCUUAAGAUUGAUGCAUCUGUAAGCGACGACGCUAGUUCCAAUUCGAGCUCAGUUGGUUUCAAGAUAAUGCUCGCCAAGAUUGUUCCCAGACUGUAUUCAUCACUGAGUGAAAUGGGAGCCGAUUGUGAAGAGUACAAGCAUUUGCUACAGUUGUAGCAGACUGCUAGGAGCAUGAUCUGAUUUUUUUUGCCGUCGACCUUCCUUCCAACAUUUGUGGAAGCCAAAAGUCGAAUGAAAAAAGGGGAGAAGGUUUUUCUGUCUCUGGAUUGAAUGGUUGUGCUUUCAAAAUCACAGAUAACUUGUAAAUUCAGAUUGGCUUUCUCAACGAGCCUCUGUUAGUUUUAGGAUCAUGCCAGGGGCAAGCUUUAACUGUGUUUCUUCUGUCAUCUGACAUGAUUGGAAAGGAAAAUUUCUAUUUUAUACAAUUUGUUUCAUUCCUUCUCUACUUGAAUUGGGAAUAUUGCUUGCUUGACUGCAUAGUUUGAAGUCUCUUCUCUGGGAUCUUGAAGACCAAAAGGACUUUGGUUUCUUCUAUGUUAUGGUAUUGUAGUUUAAGGGAAAAGUAUUCCACUUGAAUUGUAAUCAAGGGAUCUUGGCGUUUAGGAAAUGAGUGUCAAGAACACCUUCUUCCUUUGUACCAUUAUUACUGCUGUAUUCCUCAGAAAAUGCUCAAAAUGAUAGUACUUUUCUUC